UCUAUGGUCAUUAGAUUAGCCAACACAAUUUUGGUUUGAUUUGGAAAUUGUAAACUAUGUGCAUUUAAAUCAAUAAAAGCUUAACUUAAUACAAUUAUUAUAUUCAAAAGUUAAGCAAGGUCUGAGAUCUUUACUACUAUGGCAUCCCAUCUCAGCACGAAGGAUCGCUUGCUCUCCUUGAUCGAUGAUAUCGAACUAAUAGCAAAGGAAAUGAUAGAAGUAUCAAUAGCCCCAAAAUCUCAAAAGUUGUCAGCUGCAGAUCACGCACAGUUGACGGAUUUACUGCUUGCAAAGGAUGUAGAACUCAAAAAGACAUUAGAGCUUGCUGAGGAACAAGCCAAAAUUCAACAGAAAAUGAAUGAACUGAAAGCUGAAGUGGAUAAUAAGGAUCAAGACAUUCAUCACUUACAAAGGCAACUAAAAGACGCUGAACAAAUCUUAGCCACAUCAUUGUAUCAAGCGCGUCAGAAACUUGCAUCUAUUGUGAAGUCAAGGAAACGGCCUGUUUCUUCAGAAGAUUUGAUCAAAUUUGCUCACAGGAUAAGUGCUUCGAAUGCAGUUAGUGCACCACUGUCAUGGCAGCCAGGAGACCCUCGUCGCCCUUACCCCACAGAUCUGGAAAUGAGGCUGGGAAUGAUCGGCAGACUCAGCGACAUGCCAGUCAAUGGCCACACUCCGUCUACUCUCAAUGAGCUACACCGAAUCACUACUGGCGGAGUUCCUGCUCCUACUACAAACCAGUUUACUUGGCAUCCAUCUGGCGAGCUACACAUGUCGGUAGGCGGAGGGAACUCCGUGGCAAUCGACGGGCGCGGCAAAGACUCUCACACACAAGAAGACGUGGAGGUCAUGUCCACCGACUCAAGUUCCAGUUCCAGUAGUGAUUCUCAAUGAAAAAUGUCUAGUUUAUAAGAUUUUAGGUAGUUCUUUGGCUAUAAAUUAAUGCCCGUAUUCACAAACAUUACUAUGAGAUUUCACAGUGCGCGUGGACGCACAGGGUGACACAUGAACCUCACUGUGCGUUCGAUUUGCUGCUUCACUCAAGCAAGCAUCGUUUGUGAAUAUGGGCGUAAGAGUAGCCGUUUGUGUAAGAUGUCACGUGUACAGAUUGCAUUCUGUGAUGUACACUUGUACAGUUAGCAAAAUGUUGAUACUGAUUGCAAUGUUGAACCUAAAAGUGUUUUAGUGAAAUAAAUAUAACUUUUAAGGAG